AUGAACAAUACUUCUGAACCAGGAAGAUGUCGCUUGGAGAGAGCAGCAAAAAACACCAAAAAUACGACAGCGAUCGGUUCCGAUAACAAACUUCCAAUACUCAGAAAUACUUCUAAACCUGGAAGUGUCAAGAAACAGAACCAUAGAAAAGGCAGAAAGGCUGCGGCCAAUAAAUCGUCUGUCGGUCAAGCAAAAGUUCAAACGGUCAGAUCCAUGAAACCAAAAAAUAUGAUCAAUAAACCAUCAACGUUUACCGCUUCCCUGACCGCUACCUCUACCGAUCUUUCUUCUUCAUCUGCUCCAAGAACCUCUACUCUGGUCUCGUCUACCAUUCCUGCUGCUAGUACUACUUGCUCUCCUGAAUUGUCUGUUUCUGGCAUUUGCGAGCCAAAGCCGAGCGACGAUCCCACUUCAUCAAAUUCUCCUGCUCUUACCACUACUUAUGUCUCUACUGAACCAAGAAAUUUUUUUAUUGAACAAUUAUUAGCCCCUGCUGUCUGUCCACCCAUAUCGUCUUUCACAAACGUCUCCGCGACUUCUUCUGUUGCGACAUCGUCAGUCACGUCUUCCACCCCUUACUUUUUCAACGGCUCGUUCAAUAUUGAGAAUCUAUUGACGGAAGCAAAAGAUAAGGCUGACGCCACAAUCAUGGAUACAAGUGCUUCGGAAGACACAGCGGAAGAUGCGAGUGAUGAGCAAGACGAAGAUGAGACGAAGAUUGAUGUAACUUCCUAUCAGUCAUAUCGUGAAUACCAAGGAUUGAUCCCAUUUGAUACGGAUGAGCCUUCAUACUCUUGGAAAGACGUCCUCUAUGAGAAGGAAACGGAGAACAAUGAGUUUCUUCCAAUUGAAGCACUACCUUUUAGUCUUCUGGUUCAUCUGGAAAAUCGGAUAGAAGAAGGACUUCUUCUCGAAAUAGCAGUGCCGGAUAUGAUUUGCGACAAAAAUCAUCAAGUGGCUAAAAUUAUAAAAGUUUGUGGAUUUCGAUUGCUCAUAGAAUAUCAGUACACUGCUGAGCAAGAGUGGAUUCAUCUUUUUGAUGAAAAAGUUCAUUCUGUAAGGAUCAAUAGGAAACAGAACCCACCUAUCCCGACGGAACAUAAUUUUAUCGAACCAAAUUUGACAGUUUCAACUGACGAAGUGUUCGAUCAUCCACAACUUGUGAAGACUUACGAGGAAGCGAAGAAGAAUUGGUGGAAGUCAGACUACUCUGUUGGACAACGAUUCGAGCUUCUCAACUUUUCAAAUCCCUCACAGAUCCGCGUGGCUCGUAUUAAAGCUAUUUGUGGCCGUCGAUUGAGCGUCAUUGUUGAAGAGAAAGACUAUCCUGGUGAUUUCCCGCCACCUGGAGAAGAAGAAAGAAUUUCUGACCCACAACUGGCUUACAAAGGAACCAGGUGGUGGGUAGAUCAAGACAGCGAUUUUAUUUAUCCAGUUGGAUUCUCGAAUCUUAUUGGAUAUGAGUUGAUCGCCACCCCCGAUUACAAAGAGCACUCCCAAAGAAUCGCAGAAGCAAUCAGAAACAACAGAAAUCCAGAGUAUGAUGAAUCGGAUAUAAAAUUCAAUAGAACCAUUCUGAGAGAGCAACGACCAGAAUUCUACAGACAAGUGGAAGUCGGAAAUCACAUGGAAAUUCUGAAUCCAGUGGCGAAGAAUUUCAACUCAUUGUCUGCUGCGAAAGUUUUCCAAAUAUACCCAAACUUGGGGUAUAUGAUCAUUAAAAUUCUCGGAGGGGAACAAAAGGGAGCCAAGUUCCCCAUCAGAAUUCUUAGUGAACUGGUGUAUCCAGUUGGAUACGCCAAGCGGAAUCACCUAGAAUUGGAUGCUCCCAAGGGAUUCGCCAAUCGUAGGAAAACGUCGAUUCCAAUUCGUGUUGGUCUUUCUCCAAAUGAGAAAGUCAAGCUGUUUAAGAUUGGCAUGAAAUUGGAAGCUGCCAGCAAAAACGAAAAUGCUCAUAUUUGUCCAGCUACCAUCAAGUCAUUACAUGGCCAAAUUAUAAAAGUCGCUUUCGAUGGAUGGGGAUCAGAUGUUGAUGAGCUUUAUGAUGUCUGCUCGCAUGACAUUUUCCCAGUGGGUUGGGCGGAAAUGCACGGGUACCCGGUAGAUUUCCCACAAAGCGGAUAA